CAGACCAAUGUGCGGCCCGCGGGGGGUUCUGGCAGACAGCUGCAUCCUCAGAUGACAGGACGGUGCGUGUUGUGUCCCUGUCACCUGCGCGCACACGGGAUUGCUCACAAAGGACUUUGGAGAACAUUUGGUGCCACCCAUUGACUGGUCAGAUUGAACACAGAAGAAAAGUUGGAGGUCUUCCUUACCUUGCGCUGUCUUUCUACAUCUGGUGAAUAUGUCAAGACGCAGCAAACGCCUCGGUGCCAUUGAUCUGGAGGAUGACAGAAUCAGCACCAGCAGCUUGGAGAGCCAACACUUAUACAGAGAUAGCCCUGUCAGGAGUACUAGAAGGAAAGUGACCACCAUCAGACGAGUUCCCCCCUCACAGCAGACGACUGAACACACAUACUACAGUGAAACAUCAAGCUAUUAUAGCCAAGACAAAAGUGGUUUGCCUGCAGCCCUAGAAGAAACAAGCUAUAGAGGAACCACAUGGGGAGAAAAUGAUUUGGUACGUAAAAGGAUGGGGACAGAUAUCUCAUAUGAUGGCAACAAGAACGGCUUCUCGGAAAUACAGACGACGUACGACAAAUCUACCUCAUCUUCUGGAUAUUCCUCUGAGGAAGACAACACCAGUCAUUCUUAUUCCCAGAAAGGUCACAUUCAUUUGUCUCAGUGGAGAAAAUGGAUUCAUCAGUUGUUUUCCUAUCCAGGCCGUGUGUUUGGACUAUUGUACUGGUGGAUUGGUACUACAUGGUAUCGUCUUACAACAGCCGCUUCCCUGCUGGAUGUCUUUAUCUUAACCAGGCAUUACGGUGUUCUAAAGAAAGUGAUGAAGAUUCUGUUGUUACUAAUUUUCUUGGCACUGAUGGCAACAGGAAUGUGGUAUUUCUAUCCGUUUGGACUCCAAGACUUAUUCGUUCCGAAGACAACUAUUUCUGGGACAGAAAAGUCCACUAAAGAUCAGGAAAGAUCAUUUCUGAGGAAAGUGGAUCCAGAACCACAAAAUUUGCCUCUGUUUCUCCAGAACGAAUUAGUGUCUCGCAUGGAAUCGCUAGAAAAGAGAUUUCAAGGUCUUGAAAAUGCGCAGAAAUUGUUGAAGCAUGAUGAAAAAAGUUCAAAAACAAUCAGUGGGCUCAGUCGAGAUGAGGCGAUCCAGGUCUUCAGAGAGUUGUCUACCUCCAAAGAGGCUGCAUUGAAGGAAGUGAUCAUGCAAGAAGGUGCAGCCAGAACAAAGAUGGAACUGAAAGCAGUAAAAGAAGAGCAAGAGCAUGGUCUUCAGGACAUUCAUCAAAAAAUAAAUCACAUGUCCAAGGAUAUAGAAGGUCAGAUUGUGCAGCUUAGAACAGAAGUCAAAAGUUCUUCUCAGAAUAUGAAAGAAAUAUUUGCACAAGAUGUUGGAAAGCUGGAAACAAAGCUUUUAAGUCUCCAGCAAGAAUUGGAGACUCUGAGAAAAGCUCAAUCUGAACUUUCCCAGCAAGUGAAAACCGUCCCUGGACAAAUAAGAGAAAUGAAGGAUGAAGUUCAAUUGCUUUUUCCAGCUUGGCUCCAAAGUAAUACAGAAACAAAGAAUAGCGGGUCAGCAUCUCUUUCUGAGAUUUUCCUACGCCGUGAUGAGUUAGAGAAGUAUUUGCUGGAGUUAGAAAGGAAGAUUCUUGCAGGAGUGACUGCAGACAGAAAUCUAUGGGCAUCUCAGGCACAUGUAAACAUAGACAGAGAACUGCAGGCAAGUGGAUUAUCUGGAGUUUCUCGGGAGGAGGUGUAUGAAAUUGUUAACCGUGUCCUGCAGACAUAUAGUGAGGACCGGAUUGGGCUUGUGGAUUAUGCUCUGGAGUCAUCAGGUGCCAGUGUCCUAAAUACAAGAUGUUCUGAGACAUAUGAAACAAAGACUGCUUUAAUCAGCCUGUUUGGGGUCCCCCUUUGGUACCAGUCACAGUCACCACGUGUAAUACUUCAGCCGGAUUCAAACCCAGGUAACUGCUGGGCAUUCAGAGGUUCUCAAGGCUACGCAGUUAUCCGCCUUUCUAGUAGAAUCAGACCAACAGCAGUGACGCUGGAUCAUAUUCCUCGAUCCUUGUCACCAAAGUCCACAAUUGCAAGUGCACCUAAGGAUUUCUCUGUUUAUGGUUUGGAAGAAGAGACACAGAAAGAAGGGGUACUUCUUGGGAACUUCACUUACAAUCAAAAUGGAAAUCCAAUACAGACUUUUUCUUUAAAGGGAGAAAACAUUUCUUCCUUUGAUUUGGUAGAACUGAGAAUACAGAGCAAUUGGGGACAUCCAGAGUACACCUGUAUCUACCGUUUUCGCGUGCACGGUGAGACUGAACCGUAGAAGAUUAUUAUACGGUCAUGGAUCUGAAAUAGGAUCACAAAGUAAUGUUAAAGCACUGGGUGGCCAUUCUCUCUUGGCUGCUUGACUGGAUACAGUAUUACGUAUUAUUGCUUUACAGCACCACACAUAUGCUGCCGAACAAGAGCUAUGACAAUAUUCUGCAAGGGGAUCUACCCAAUGGUUUAAAUGUGCUGACUAUUUUGCUAUACCUGAUAUGAAUUGCAUUAGUAAUCUUGGCACACACAAGAGAAAUUGCAGUAUACCUAAAUGAUUACCUACCUUGUAAUAUUAAUUACAGUUAGGUUGAUUCCAUAACAUUUCUGAAUACAACAUUUUAACAUUUUUGGUCUUUGAUCCAUAUUCAUUUAAGUGAUGGGCAUAAAUGUUAUUACCUAUGUACAGUAUAAUAGGGCAUGGAAUCUGAUCUGGGAAAUUUUCCAAUUAAACUAAUCUGCCAUGUUUAUUUAAACUGUUUAAAUUAUUUUAAUACAACGUUAUACUGCCCGUAGGAUAUUCUGCUCGUUCUCUUGUGUAUCCUUAACAUCAAGGAUAGCUGGAAACAAAUUGUAUACUAAACUGUAUAUAGUUCUUUUUGCACUUAACUGCCUUGAAUUAUGCACUGUUGAUACCAUCUACCUGCUUAUCAUCUAAAAGGCAGUAUUUAAUUCUGUAAGUAUUUUCAUAGAACCUAUUGUACUCUUUUAACCAGUUUUUUUUUUUUUUUUUAACGACGCAUGGUACAGGAUGCCUAUAGUCAUGGUUAAUUUAAUCUUAGCUAUUCUUCAAGACUCUUCGACUAAUCUUUGUAGCGGUAACAUAAGGGAAAUGCAUUGCCUUGGUUUAUUCAUAAAUCAUUCUACGGUACAUGUUGGAUAUCAACACAGGAGGGUGCAGUCAGUUCCUGGAUGUGUACAAUGAGUUUAUGGACUCAUUUCCCCAUAAUACCCAGUGAUGAGCAACAAAACAGAUACGAUAUAUUAUUAGACCAUUUCCAAAAAAAGAAUGCACACUGAUCACAGCAGAAAAAUAUGUUAACACAUACAUUUUGCAUUGCAGUAGUGGUUCAGCUUUAUUAAAAUCUGUCCCAGUAUUAUAAGCAAACACAUUCAUAU